AUGCGUUUCGUUCCCGACCUUAGCUUCUCGGCUGCUGCCGUCGCCCUUCUGGCUUCCACUGCUUCUGCCCAGAGCUGCAAGCUUCCUACCUCUUACAAGUGGACCUCCUCCGGCGCUCUUGCCCAGCCCAAGUCCGGAUGGGCCAACUUGAAGGAUUUCACCAUCUCCAGCCUUAACGGCAAGCACAUUGUCUAUGCUACCAACCACGACACCGGAUCCAAGUACGGAUCCAUGGCUUUCAGCCCCUUCGGUAGCUUCAACGAGAUGGCUUCUGCUUCCCAGACCGGCACAUCCUUCACCGCUGUUGCCCCUACCCUCUUCCGCUUCGCUCCCAAGAACAUCUGGGUCUUGGCCUACCAGUGGGGACCUACCACCUUCUCCUACAGGACCUCCAGCGACCCCACCAACCCCAACAGCUGGGGUGCUGUCCAGACUCUCUUCUCUGGCAAGAUCACCGGCAGCAGCACUGGUGCUAUUGACCAGACUGUUAUUGGUGACGCCAACAACAUGUACCUCUUCUUCGCCGGUGACAACGGCAAGAUCUACCGUUCCAGCAUGCCCAAGGCCAACUUCCCUGGCAGCUUCGGCACUGCUUCCACCGUCAUCAUGAGCGACAGCACUAACAACCUCUUCGAGGCUGUCCAGGUCUACACUGUCAACGGCGGCGGUUACCUCAUGCUCGUCGAGGCUAUUGGCUCUGGCGGCCGUUACUUCCGCUCUUUCACUGCCUCCAGCCUCAGCGGCAGCUGGACCCCCAACGCUGCCACCGAGAGCAACCCCUUCGCCGGCAAGGCCAACAGCGGUGCCACCUGGACCAACGACAUCUCCCACGGAGACCUUGUCAAGGUCACCAACGACGAGACCAUGACCGUCGACCCUUGCAACCUGCAGCUGUUGUACCAGGGCCGUGCCCCCAACUCUGGCGGCGACUACGACCGCCUCCCCUACAGGCCCGGUGUCCUUACCCUCAAGAAGUAG